AUGCCCCGCAGCCCCGGGACGCGCCUCAAACCCGCCAAGUACAUCCCGGUGGCCACCGCCGCUGCGCUGCUUGUCGGCUCCAGCACCUUGUUCUUCGUGUUCACGUGCCCGUGGCUGACACGAGCUGUGUCCCCAGCAGUUCCUGUCUACAAUGGCAUCAUUUUCCUCUUUGUCCUGGCCAAUUUCAGCAUGGCCACCUUCAUGGACCCUGGUGUUUUCCCACGAGCGGACGAGGACGAGGACAAGGAAGACGACUUCCGGGCCCCGCUGUACAAGAAUGUGGAUGUGAGGGGUAUCCAGGUCCGCAUGAAGUGGUGUGCCACGUGCCACUUCUACCGCCCACCCCGCUGCUCCCACUGCAGCGUCUGUGACAACUGCGUAGAGGACUUUGACCACCACUGUCCCUGGGUCAACAACUGCAUUGGGCGCCGCAAUUACCGUUACUUCUUCCUGUUCCUGCUAUCGCUCAGUGCGCACAUGGUGGGCGUCGUGGCCUUCGGCCUUGUCUAUGUGCUGAACCACUCUGAGGGCCUGGGAGCCGCCCACACCACCAUCACAAUGGCUGUCAUGUGUGUGGCUGGCCUCUUCUUCAUCCCUGUCAUCGGUCUCACCGGCUUCCACGUGGUGCUGGUCACGCGGGGGCGCACCACCAAUGAACAGGUGACAGGAAAGUUUCGUGGGGGUGUGAACCCCUUUACCCGAGGCUGCUUUGGGAACGUGGAGCAUGUGCUAUGCAGCCCCCUGGCACCCCGGUACAUGGUGGAGCCACCUCGACUGCCACUCACUGUGAGUUUGAAGCCACCCUUUCUCCGGCCCGAGCUCCUGGAGCGAGGCAUGCCACUCAAGGUCAAGCUUAGCGACAAUGGGCUGAAGGCCAGCCUGGGCCGCAGCAAGUCCAAGGGCAACCUGGAUCAGCUGGAUGAAAAGCCCAUGGACCUGGGACCAUCUCUGCCCCCGAAGGUAGAGGCGGGCACUUUUAGCAGCGACCUGCAGACCCCACGACGGGGCAGUGCUGAAAGUGCCCUGUCUGCACAGAGGCCCAGCCCCCCAACACCAGCCAUGUACAAGUUCCGGCCUGCCUUCUCCACGGGCCCCACGGCGCCCUUUUGUGGCCAGGGAGAGCAGAUCCCAGGGCCGGACUCCCUGACCUUGGGGGAUGACAGCAUUCACAGCCUGGACUUUACAUCUGAGCCCAGCCUGGACCUCCCCAACUACUCACCCGGUGACCUGCACACAGCCUACCCCCCGUCCCCUCCGCUCAGCGCCGCUGAUGCCUUCUCAGGCGCCUUGCGAACUCUGAGCCUCAAGGCUGCAGGCCGGCGGGGUGGGGACCACAUGGCGUUGCAGCCCCUACAGGCUGAGGGCGGGCCCCCCACGCCCCACCGAGGCCUCUUUGCCCCCCACUCACUGCCCAACCGCAAUGGCAGCCUAUCCUAUGAUAGCCUGCUCAACCCCGCCUCUCCUGGGGGCCACACUUGUCCUGCCCACCCCUCAGCCGGGGUGGCUGGCUACCGCUCUUCCUACCUGCACCCGGGAGCUGUGGGUGAGCCUCCCCGGCCCCCACCCCGCAGCUUCAGCCCCAUGCUGGGGCCCCGGCCAAGGGAGCCGUCACCCGUGCGCUAUGACAACCUGUCCAGAACCAUCAUGGCUUCCAUCCAGGAACGCAAGGACAGGGAGGAACGCGAGCGGCUGUUACGCUCCCAGGCCGACUCGCUCUUUGGCGACUCAGGCGUCUAUGAUGCACCCAGCUCCUACAGCCUGCAGCAGGCCAGUGCACUGUCAGAGGGCCCCCGCGGCACCCCAAUGCGCUACAGCUCCAGGGACGACCUCAUGUCAGGGCCUGGUUUUGGGGGGGCCCGCAACCCCGCUCUGCAGACCUCACUGUCCUCCCUGUCUAGCACGAUGAGCCGGGCGCCCAGGACAUCUUCCUCAUCUCUGCAGGCCGACCUGGCCAAUUGCCAUGCCCCAGGGCCCCGGCCAAGCAGCGGCCCACACAGGUCGCCUGCACGCCAUGGACCACCUUCCCCACCCAGCACCCCACGCUCACCCUCCUACGCAGGCCCCAAAGCUGUCUCCUUCAUCCAUGCGGAUCUUCCCGAGACGCCGCCCUCACUGACCAUGCAGAGGGACCACCCUCAGCUGAAGACCCCCCCAAGUAAGCUUAAUGGGCAGUCCCCAGGCCUGGCCCGCCUGGGGCCUGUUGCCGGCCCCCCAGGACCCUCCGCCAGUCCCGUCCGGCACACGCUCGUUAAGAAGGUGUCCGGCGUUGGGGGAACCACGUAUGAGAUCUCGGUGUGA